AUGCUUAUUGAAAAAGUUGUGCCAUUUCUCGAUUUUACUUUAUCACCGAGACAAAGUAUUCUCACCGAUAAAAUUCGUGCACAUAAAAUGUAUUUAUUUCACUCAACCAAGCUUCAUUGGUUUCAUCAAUCCUUACAAAAAACUGUAGUGAGAUCGUCGCAAGAAAUUCCUUCUGUUGAGUUUGAUACAGUGGAAGCUAGUAAUGUUGAUGAUAAGGACGAAGCUACUAUGUUUCACCAAGCUUAUGAUCAAUUACAUCAAAAUGCGCAUGUAUUAUUUCGAAGAGAAGAGGAACAACUUUGGCAGGCGCAAUACAUUGGAAUGCAUAGUACAGAUCAAGGUGGACCUUAUCGAGAUUCUAUAACACGCAUUUGUUCGGACAUAUGUAGUACACAACUGCCAUUGUUUAUUUUAUGUCCAAACGGGCGAACACAAACUGGUUUGAAUCGUGAUCGUUGGAUUCCAAAUGUAUUUCCACCGAAUAAAUCAAUUUCGACUAAAGUGAAAAAUCAAUAUCGUUUCAUUGGACAAUUGAUGGGCAUGGCAAUACGUCGAAAACAUUACUUGGAUUUAAAAUUUCCCAGUCUGCUAUGGAAACAAUUGGUGCAAGAAAAAGUAACUAUGGAAGAUAUUGAAGCAAUUGAUAUGCAAAGUUUUACAAUUGUUAAUGAAAUGGAAAAAACUUUAAAACGAAAUCAGUCGAUAGAUACCGAUAGUGACAUCAAUUAUUUACUUAGUAGUAUUAUGAGUGAACUACGUUUUGAUAUUGUAAGUUCAGCUGGACAAACUUAUGAACUCAUUCCCGGUGGUGCAGAAAUUCCGAUUACUUCUGAUAAUUUAAAACAAUAUUGUGCAUACUAUUGUGCAUAUCGUCUAAAUGAAUUUCAUCGACAAAUUGAAUUUAUUCGUCAAGGCUUGUAUAGUAUUGUACCAAGCUAUUAUUUAAGUUUAUUUACAGCUAGUAACCUUGAAGAAGCCGUAUGUGGAAAAGGGCAAAUUGAUAUUGAAUUAUUGAAGAGGAACACGAAUUAUAAUCAUGUAAGUGCAGAUGCACCAUAUAUUCAACGAUUUUGGACAGUUCUAAGUGAAUUAUUCGAUGAAGAUCAAAGAAAAUUAUUCUUGAUAUUUGUUUGGGGAAGAAGUAUAUUGCCAAGUAAAGAUGAAGAAUUUACAUCGAAAUUCAAUAUUAAUCCAUAUUAUCUAAGCAAUGAUGAAGUGGAUAAAGCGCUUCCACGUAAGUAG